ACGGUGAGGUGCACGCAUGCUGGGCCGGAGAUAUUGGCACGGUUUUAGCACAUUAAUAUUUUCAAUUGUGCCUUUUCUUUGACUUACUUAGUAAUUUUCAACCCACUGGUACGCUGUAUGGCGGUAACAAGGCUCGGCUGGAAGCGGUUGGUUCGUCGAGUUUGAUGAAAACGAGGUCGGGAUCAGACUGCUGUUAGCCCCUCCUGGCGGAUUUUUUUUUUCGUUAUUGUUUUUUUUUCUAGCUAAAGCCAACAAAACAAGCCAGACAACGAUGUCGCUGACGGCUUCGUCUGAUUAUUUCGCUGCCGAGUGUCUGGUAUCGAUAUCAAGCGGUCCUGUCUUGCAUAGACCCACCCCGGUCGCCCCCGCCAGCCAGCCGGCCAUGGUGGGCCUGAUCCCCGGUGAGCCCGACGGGUCGAGUGAGGACAGGGAAGUGCGGGAGACUCUGAGGCUGGAGGGGGCGAACAUGAUGGCGGUGGCCGGUAUCCUCACCGACCUGCACGGUAAGUUCCGCCCCAUGUCGGCCUACUCGGAGAGCAGCAACUCAUCAUGUGGUGGGGAGAGCGGUUACACCACGUUGUCCGACCCAACCACCCCUACCAUGACCCCCUCCGCCACCCCGGUCCCCGGACAGCAGCAGCAGCAGCUGAGGGGGGGAGGAGGAGGAGGGGGCGUGGGGGCCCCGCGGUCCCCGGUGAAGCGACAUCAGUGCACUUUUGACGGAUGCGACAGAGUUUACGGGAAAUCGUCCCACCUGAAGGCACACAUCCGGACACACACAGGUGAGAGGCCCUUCCCUUGCACCUGGCCCGACUGUGAGAAGAAGUUUGCCCGCUCUGAUGAGCUCGCCCGCCACACCCGCACCCACACAGGAGAAAAGCGCUUCCUGUGCCCACUGUGCGACAAACGCUUCAUGCGUAGCGACCACCUGAUCAAGCACGCCCGACGUCAUCCUGACUUCCAGCCCUCCAUGUUGGGACGCAACAAGGGCACAUCCUCUGCUUCCAGCCCAGCCGUGCACCAUUAGGAUGGUUUUGUUGAGGGGAGGGGGGGUGGGGGUUCCUGCUUACUGGGGUCAGCAGGAGCACAGAAGGUCGCGAUGGUUUCAAGUUAACCAGCUACAAUCAGAUCCACUGUUUAGGAUUUAGCAUUGCUGUGUUGUACUCAAAAAUGUGCACCUACACACACGUACACAAGUGAACACACACGCAGAGCUGGAUGUGAGGGAGAAGUAGCCUCAUCUCUCCAUCCACACAAAUGAGUCAUGUGACCACUAUCCACUAUCAGCUCAGCAUAAAUAGGGUUGGGUAUCAAGAAGGUUACAAAUCUAAAAGAACUGAGGAUUUGUUAAGAAAUGUGCUUUUCGAUUCCAAUUAUCGUUUCCUGAAAGCAAAGUUUGGACUUACUGCACUUCGGCUUACACGUGUAUCAGAACGUGUAUAAUGUUUACAAAAUGGCAGACUGGAGCUAGCUCUCAAGAGUAGCUACACUUCACAAAAGACAGUAAUGAUACAGCGACAUGUAAUCACUGAAUGAAAAUAAAUACAUGUGAGGGAGGAAGGUCCAUCAGAUGUGAUAGAUUUACUACUGAAGUGUGUAAGGAUGCAGCGUGUUUUAAUAUCCUGUGUUAUGACAUAGUGAAAUUCAUAGAUCGACUAAGCAGAUGGGAAUGUCAGUUUAUGGUUUAUCCUCUGAAUUAUAUGCCAGACAAAUCAAGGUACUUCAUCACAUUGAUGCAAGAGACUCUGUAAAACCAUUUAUGCCACACGGUUGUCGUGGUCAUUGAUUUGCAGCAUUGCCUAAUAUGACAUUAUUAGGCUUUAAUGCCUCAGAAAGUUAAAAACUAAUGUAAAACCAUUAAACCUUUACAUGGCACAACAGAGAAAUUUUUUUUUCUGUCUUUUAACCAACAAAAUCAAAAAAUACCUUGUCUUUAAUGACAUGUUCACGGCAGUCUAAAGCUUAUGAAAAUAAAAUGUUUUUUUUUCUUUCAGCAUUCUUUCUUUCUUAAUCAGGAUUCGAUAAGAAUCGGAAUCAUUAAGCAGAUUUCAGUGGAUGAAUAAUAAACCCAACCCUAAACAUAACCUCAUUUUCUUGAACUGAAACACUUUCACAAAUUGCAGGGAUUUUCCACGUUGUCUGUAAAAAAAAAUCUGCACAUUCAUCAUCAGCCAAAACUCCUCUGUUUUUUUGUGGUUAAUUAUUGUUUUUGUGCUCUUCAGUACCAUUUAUUUACCGUGGGUAGCACAAUAUUGUGAUGUUAGGUAGUGAGGCGGUGACUAGGAGCUUUUUAGCUUUUGUUUUUGUUUUUUUAUUUUAGCUUUGCUGAGUCCAUAUUCUAAGUUUUAGUGGUGACACAUUCCUUCAUUUUUUUUGUAUUGCAUUAGUAACCAUCAUUGAGGUGAUAUUUGUCAAUAUUUUUUCCUGUACAUUGAAUUUAACAAUAGAUCAAAUAUUAAUUUUGCCAGAAAGUGGAUCAAACUUCACUGUAGAAGAGCUGUUUGCACGCCAUCCUUAAAUCUAGAUCAGUUAUCCUUCAUGAAAUGCUGACACAUAAUACACAGAAGUAUUAUGUCUAAUACUGAUGCAAAUGUAUAUAAGCUUUAAGCUUUUAAUGUAGAAACAUGGUAAUGCUACUAGCAGCAGAAUUAAUACGUGAUGAAUUGUAGUCCUUAUAUUAGGGGUAACAGUAUACGCUUGAUAGGAUGGCAUUGCCUGUGAGUGUUGGUGUGUAUGUUAUGGUUUUUUAUUUUAUUUUAUUUACAUUUUUGUUAGUGACAGAACUGAGAAAAAGUGUGUUUGUGAUAUCAGAGAUGGGAAAAAAUUACAUGAGUUGAGCUUGAUUUUCAGCCUGCUGCCUUCAAAGUAAAGGCGUUCACCCCACUCAUCAGGGGCUUGGAGCCAGACAGCAGGACAUAUUUCAGGAUCAGGUGUGCCAGGUUUGAGUUCCAGCGGCUGAUAAACCGGAAUCUUAACUUUGUGUGGGAAUCAAAAUUGGUAUUAAAAAAAUAUUAAAGUAAUUUAAAUAUGUCCACAUUCAGGAAAACGGGAACCAGCAGACCUUUAUUGUGAAGGAUGUUUUAUUUUGUCAAAAGCAGCAGAAGCACAGUUGUAGCUAAUAACCUUAAUGAUGGCUAUAUAACCAUUAAUUAAUGUUAUUGCAUUUGUGUUUGAUAAAUUAAAAUGACCACAGUUAAAAAGAUUCGGUGCUAUGCUGGAAAAACAAAAAUGAAUUUGUUAAGAACCUGUUAAGUGCAUUUGAGCAAGCUGGCACCUGAAUAUUCCUGUCUUGGUAAACAGCUCAAUGAUCCUCAUUUAUUAAGUUAUUACAAAAAAAUAAUAAUAAUAUUCACAUUUAACUGAAUCAAGCAAAGCUCAUGUAAAGUAGAUAUUUAAGUACAUGCAGUGUCCAGGUCUGAUUCUAGAGCGGUUGAAUCUUUUUUUUUUUCUGUUUCAAUGUUUCCACACUGUUUGUCCAAAUCAUGGAUAUAUUCCUUUAUCUCAGUGAACAACAAAUCUUCAGGAAACUCUGAAAGCCUUAAACUAUGUCAUAACUACUUUGCACCAUGUUUACAGUUGGAUCAUUGUAUAGGUUUAUAUGCCCCCCCUGUGGGCUCAUUACAGAUACUCAUUAUGCAAUAUGGCACUUUUUUCUUACAGGUGUAUUUGGCUGAAUAGUGUAAUGGCUUGCACUGUUACUGUGUUUCUACAAGCAAGCACUGUGGAACUUUGCUAAUGUGUUAAUAACCAAUGGGUUGUAAAACUGCCUUUGUUUUUCCAAGUGCUUUAGAAAGCGUGAUAUAAGAACUGGGUAGUUGUUGUUUUAGUUUUGUUUAUUUUAGCGUUUGCCUAGUCAUCCAGGCCAUCUCUCGUUGUGGACUUUGUUUAAUUUGAAUUUCUAAUUGAAUUUGUUUUAAUCUCCUAGAUGGGACACACGUCAUUGUUGUUCCCAGGUCUGUUCCACACUGAGAUCAUAGAGAGCAACUUCAGAUGUCUUCCUCAUUCACAUGUCCAAACCACCUUCACAUGCCAUUUCACUGUAGAUCUGUUUGUUUUAACUGGAGCUGUACUCAUUGAAGUGAAUGCAACGCUUUGAAAUUUUGUACACAUUUCCUCAGAGGUUCGGUCUGUUGACAGUUUAUGGUUGCUGCUGGCAGUAACCUUGAACACAUGGACUGUUGAACAAAGUAACACACACAAUAUACUUGUUUUUCUACGUUUUCAAAUGGAAAUAUAUCCUUCCAUCUUUUCCUCACAGAUGGAAGUGUCUUUUCACUCAGGCUCUGUCCGGGUUUCAAAGCUAUAAUAUCACAAGAACAACAUACCUCAUUGAUUUUUUUUUUUUUGCAGUGUCUGUACAGCAUCCAUCCAACCUGUCUUUCAGAAAUUCCUAUAAAGCCAUUGAGCCUUGGGUUUCGGAUAUUUGUUUUUAUCAGCUAGAUGGUCUGUUAUGUACCUUUGUCCUUAUAUUGUCUGUAUAUGCAACAUCACUACUACCUGUGUAGCAGCAGCAGCAGAAUUUCUUUUUCCCCCCUGCCUCAAUGAACUUCUGUUGUUAGUAGACAGUGUUAAAUGAAUCUACUGGAUAAAUCCUGCACCAACAGUCCCUGUCAUUAAAGCCCAGCAGCUUAGUUACCACGGGAAAGACUCACUGCUGCCCGAGGCAGAGGCCGAAACGCGUCACUAAAAUGUAAAAAAAAUAUAUAUAUACAUGUAGACUGUCACUUCACUGCAGAUAUUGAUUGAAAAAGCUCAGUCCAAAUCUAUUUGUUCAUAUCACUGAAUGUGGCUUGAUGACAGACGAGCAUUAUCCACUUUGGAUUUAAUUUUUGCUGCGCUGCCUUGCUGAGAAAAAAACAAAACAAUUUCUCUUGUCACCACACUAAUUCAGAUAUGCACAUUGUACAGAAACGGAUGUUUUUUAAAUUGAUGCCUAAUUUUUACAUUAAUGUAAUUUUUAAAAUCCUCUUAUCAAAGCUUUAGUUAAGGUAAAUAGGAGGAACUGUGGAACUAAGUAAUUGCUGCAACAAGCUGUUUUGAUAUUUAUAUUCUCAGGUGUUUUAAAUUUUGAGCAUUGGAGUUUCAAUAUUUCCUGCUGUGCAACACCGAAGUACAAGCAUGUUUUAUUUCUUUUGUUAUGCUGAUUAAUUUAUUUCAAAGAAAAAAAAAAAGCGUAUCAUUUGUGUGGUUUAAUUAUUCUUUUCAUAACUCAUUUUGUGAUAUGGAACAGUACUAAUAUUAAAUGGUUCCAUUGUUUGCUUGACAUAAAAAUACCAGUGCUUUUUUUUAAAAAUAAAAAUCCUUAAGUUGA